UUUUUAAUUAAGAAAAAAAAUACAUUUUUAAUAUGUGUUGUAAUCAGUUUGGCUGGUACUAUAAUACUGAUUAUUCAAAAUGAAUGAACUGACAUUACUUUUUAUAUUGGGAACAGAACAUGCUUUAAUUGAGCAAUAGUUAGCAAGCCCUAAAUUCCAUUGUCUUGAGUUACUUUUGCCUAAACCAGUGCCUUAGAAAUUAUUGCAUGCAUGUGUGUAACAGUCUACUGUACUUACUGGGGCCUAAAUAAUGGAUGUGGUGAAGGGGAGAGAGAGUGGUGUUAUCUGAUAUGUGAACAGACUGUCAGCAGGUCUACAGGCUGUGUGAGGUCAUUCUCAGAGACAGCAGAGCACAGAUUCACCAGGCAGGAGCAUUCAUAUGAGGACACUGAGAUGGAGAGAGAGAAACACAGCUCAGAGGACCACCAGCAGGACGAACUGGGACAAAAGAAACCACGGCGAAAAGACACGCCUGUGCUCAAUUCCCCUCCUCUCAUACCAGGGGUAAGAUUAAUGAAAGGAGAAACACGUCUGAUUCACUUGGAGGAUGCAGAGAAAGAAGAAAAGAAAUAGCAGUAUUUUUAGACCUUGAAAGCAUUGUCAUUAUUUUCUAUUUGAGAGCUCUCUUUGUUCAAACCUGUCUCAGUGAAACAUUUCUGUUGUUAAUUUCCCAUGUUUCAGAGAUUUACAACCAAGAAUUACAAAUUUCCUCA